ACGAGACCUAAGUGUAGUUAGAGUAUGUAUUUUAAUUUUAUUAAUGUUUUUUUUUUUUUGUAAUUCCGAUUUUUUUUUUUUUUUUAAAAAAAAAGAAAAGGCGUACACUAUUUUUAUCUUACCCGCGUUUAUCAACAACAUCGGCAAGCUUCCGGCCCAUAAACUCCCAACUCCCCCAAACUCCACAACUUCCCACACCACCAUUCUUGUAACUCAUUUCCAUCACUCCAUUACAUUUGUGCUUGUGUUCUCCUUUAAAAUCCACAUGAGCUAUUCAAAUCUCUAGAAUUCUUGCCGCAGGAAAGAGGAUGAUGGCGGUUCGUGCUGUGAAUGGCUGCGCUAUCAUUCGGCCAUCUGCUUGUUCUUCCCCUUCUCUCUCUUCUUUGUUUUGUUGUUUUCAUCAAUUACGACCUCAGACUCGCUCUAAAUUAGGGUUCAUUUCGUCUAAUUGCCGUUUCAAGCUUCAAUUCAAUGGUUAUGCCGGAAAAUUUGGGGUUUUUGCGGUUCAUAGUUUGGUCGAUAGUGUAUUGGAGGAGCUUCAGGAAAGGCGUAGGACAAGACAAAUUCGAGCUUCGAACAGGUUGGUUUUAACGAGCAGUGGAGAGCUUCUUAAAGACAAGCUUGAAAAGCAGGGACUUCGAGGCGGUUUGCUGUUAGAGUUUAAAAAGGAUUCCGAAAGGGUUUUGCUAGCAGUUGCUCAGAAACCUGAUGGGAAGAAGAACUGGAUGGUGUCAGAUCAGAAUGGUACAUCGUGCUCUAUAAAACCACAGCAGAUAACUUAUGUUGUUCCUGGUGUUGAGAAUUUUGACCAUACCCAAAUUUCAGAGUUUAUGCAGAAAGCUCAGGAUAACUUGGAUUCAUCUCUGCUUGAGCUUGCCUGGGCUGAGCUGCUUGAGAAGAAUAAGUCAGUGACUCCAGAGGAGUUGGCAGAGAUGAUUUAUGGAAUUGCUGAACCACUUGAGAGUUAUUGUGCUCAUCUCUUGCUGUCAAAGGAUGAAAUCUACUUCUCUGUGCUGGAGAGUAAAGGUUAUUGCUCUGUUUACACUCCUCGGUCUACUGAUCAGGUUGAGGAACUUAUGAGGAGGAAACUUGCCAAGGAGACUGCUGAAAAGGAAUUUCAGGAGUUCAUAGACUUAUUAUAUUCUGCCAAAGCAAGAUCUAUGGAUGCGAAGCUUCCUAGGUCCUCGUGGAAAUCAGAGGACAGAAUUUGCGAUCGUAUUGAGGCUCUAGCUGCUUAUGCAGUUGAAUCAUUCUGCAGUGAUACCCAGAAGAGAACAGCUGGGACGAUUCUUACAGCCAUGGGGUUGGCGAAAACACCGUCAUCAGCAUUAAAUCUUCUCAUAGAUAUUGGUUAUUUUCCAGUACAUGUUAAUCUUGAUCUGUUGAAGCUGAACAUUCGCACCAAUCACCCAGAAGAAAUUGUGUUGGCUGCUGAAGAUUUGCUGUCAGAAUCUCGUGAUAUUGAUGAGAUUCGAAGGAAAGACCUUACUCAUUUGAAGGUCUAUGCCAUUGAUGUAGACGAGGCUGAUGAGCUUGAUGAUGCACUUAGUGCGGCAAGAUUGCAAGAUGGACGGAUCAAAGUGUGGAUACAUGUGGCAGAUCCAACCUGCUUGGUUCGACCUGGAAGCAAUCUUGACAAAGAGGCCAUGAGCAGAGGAACUACUAUAUUUCUUCCUACAGCUACUUAUCCUAUGUUUCCAGAGAGGCUUGCAAUGGAAGGAAUGAGCUUAAAACAAGGGACCAAGUGCAAUACCAUGACAGUAUCGGUUGUUCUACAUUCUGAUGGCAGCAUCACUGAGCAUUCUGUAGAGAACACCAUUAUAAGACCUACCUACAUGCUCACGUAUGAAAGUGCAUCAGAGCUCCUACAUUUGAAUCUUGAAGAGGAGCCUGAAUUAAAGAUUCUAUCUGAGGCUGCAGCUCUACGUUUGCAUUGGCGAAGACAGCAGGGUGCCGUUGACACCUCAAUGAUAGAAGCACGUGUCAAAGUGGCUAAUCCUGAUGAUCCAGAACCACAAAUCAAUCUGUAUGUAGAGAAUCAAGCUGAUCCUGCAAUGCGCCUGGUUUCGGAGAUGAUGAUUCUUUGUGGAGAAGUCGUUGCUACAUUUGGAUCUUGUAACAACAUUCCUUUACCUUAUAGAGGACAGCCUCAGUCAAAUAUAGAUGUAUCUACAUUUUCUCAUCUUCCUGAGGGACCAGUUCGGAGUGCUGCCUUAGUUAAAACAAUGCGUGCUGCUGAAUAUGAUUUUAGGAAGCCAAUACGCCAUGGUGUUUUAGGAGUUCCUGGCUAUGUUCAGUUUACAUCUCCUAUACGAAGAUAUAUGGAUCUUCUUGCCCAUUAUCAGGUAAAGUCUUUUAUUAGGGGUGAUGCCCCUCCAUUUUCAGCAGGUCAGCUAGAAGGGAUAGCAUCAAUAGUUAAUAUGCAGCAUAGAGUUGCAAGAAAGCUUUUCAGUAGUAGUCUCCGGUAUUGGGUACUAGAAUAUUUAAGAAGGCAGCCAAAGGAAAGAAAAUUCCGAGCUUUGAUUCUCAGAUUCAUUAAGGACCGCAUCGCAGCCUUGAUUUUGGUGGAGGUUGGGCUUCAAGCUUCUGCAUGGGUCUUAGUGGGAUCUCAAGUUGGAGAUGAAAUUGAAGUUCAGGUAGAAGUAGCUCAUCCAAGAGAUGAUACAUUGUCACUCAAGCAUGUUCCUGAAUAAUAUCGAUCUGAUGUCACGGAAGGUGCUGAUGUCUAUAAACCAUAUGUAAGGAUGUGAAUUAGAAAAUACACUUCCUCACCAAUGUGCAAGUAAGAUGGCUUUCUAGAGUUGGCUAGCUGAUGAUGCCUGUUUGUGACUCAGUGCUCAACAAACUAUUCGGGGCUAUUUCAUUGCCAAUUCAAAAUUGACUCUUUAACUAAUUUUGUUACUAAAAGAUGAGAGUACUGGUGAAAUGAAUUGGGUGAUGGCUUGCUCUGAUUAACUUGAACUCGCCAGGGCCAACUAAGUCCUCAUAGAAGCUCAGUUCUAGCAGCUGGCUUGGAUUUUCGUGUGUUUUGAUGAAUGAUAAGCAAAGAGUACUUGGGUGAUUCGUCAUUCGGAAUUGCCUUCUCAUACUACAUUGUCAUGGAUCUGAUGUAUAGGUUGGAUUUAGUGGAAUCUAGGAUGCAUUUAGGCAUUUUUUCUACUGCCUAUUGUAUAUGUUAAAUUUUUGUAUUGACCCCUCUUUUGCAGAGUCUACUUGGGUCAGAUUGAACCAUUCACAUCAUACUGAUUAUGCCUUGCUCAACAAUUAGUUGAAAUAGUAUGUAUCAGCUGAUGUUAAAGUUUCCUGUAUCAGUUGUUUGGACCAGCUGAUUGAAUCAGUGAUUUGUACUAAAAUUACUUCGUAUUAUGUAAAAGUAGCUGAUGACAAAAAUGUCAAUAAGCUUUGCAGAGUAAUAGAUACAAUAUUGCAGAAA